AUGCUCCUGCAGUUUGUCUUCUCCGUCUACGUCGACCUCGGCAUGACGACCAAGUUCACCUUACAGGGCCUUUUUGGCACCUGCCUGGCCUACGUGAACGUCAUGUUCCUGAAUCGAGUUCUGGGCUUCCUUUUCGCCGGCGGCGCCUUCAACGGGGACAAGUUCACGGUGUCGGUGCCCGUGAAAGGGAGUGGGCCCUACCCGACCACCGUGGACUACGCCGUCUCUUACUGGCUGCCGCUUUGCAACAACGGCGAAGUCAGGUUUGCUGAUGCGACCGCCCACUGCUUCAUGAACGUUUGGCUCGACAAGCUGACAUGGUCUGGUACCCUGAGGCUGGUCCUCCUCUGGGUGGACUUCGGGCUCUUCGUGCUCUUCUGCUUCUCCGUGCCCUUCGACCCGAACCCGCGCAUGUUCGCGCUGUCGACCCACGUGAGCUUCAUGAUGACCUUCGUAAAUCCUGGCGCUGAUGGAUUCUCGACGGAGCCGACCUACGCCACCGACUAUCUCUUCAUGAUCCUGGCCGCCUCAGUCAUGUCCUUGCUCUGCUUUUUCCUUCCACGGCUCCGCUUCACGGCGACGGAGGCGGCAGGGGACUGGGCCUGCGAUGCGCUGCAAGCCACGAGGGUGUUGGUGAAACACAUCCCCAGCUCCCUCGACGGAGUGCUGCGCCUCAAGGGGAGGACAGUGGAGCAGUGCGCGACACAUCUUGUGCAGCAGCUGGAGCGCUGCCUUCGGUCUGCCUGGUUUGAGGGCUACGCCUUCUCCUUCUGGAAGUGCCGGGGCAGCGGCUACGACACGAAGCGCUACCAGAAGCUGACUCUUCUGGUGGACUCCCUGCGGCGAUGCCUGGACCGGCUCCCCGCCGUGUACUCCACCGCGGCGGCGGUGGACACCGCGGGUGCGUGGGUGAGCGAGGAGGCGUUCAAGCUCCUGCAGCAGCACUGCGAGCGCUCUGCCGCGAAGUUGGCCGAAGCCCUGCGCUCCGCCUUCGCUGAAGCCUCCAGAGAAGAGCCGGGCAGCAGCCAGAUGGGACUGGCAGUGUGGCAGGACGAGGGUCCAGAGAUCAAUGCGUUCCUGUGCGCGGCCAGCAUGGUCCUCGUCGAGAUCGAUGAGGUUGUGGACAACUUCCUGGCAACCACCGUCGCGGUGUCCCGCACCCCGAGCAAUCCAGCUCCGGGGGAAAGCUGGUACAACUCACGCCGGGGCUGGACCACGAAAACGCGGCUGGUGCUGUCCAACCUCCUCUGUCACAGCGAUGACACCGCCGCCACCCAUCCCCGCUUCGUGGUUCGAAACACCAUCUCGAUUUGUAUUGCCUUUGGCCUUGGCUGGGCCGGUCUUUGGAACAUGCUGCCCUCGUACUCGGCCUACCCGGCCUCCACCAUCGGCGUCAUCGUGUACACAUACACUGGAGCUACUCCCUCGGUGACCUUGAGGCGCCUGUCUGGCGUGGUGCUUGGGAAGGCAGCCGGAGCCAUACUGCAGCUGUGCCUGGCAGUCAAGGACGUGCUCUACAUCAUAGCCUUUGCGAUCUCCAUGUGGCUGAUUGUGGGUCUGACGUUCUUCCAGUACAUCCACUCCUCGGACGCCGUGGACUUUGCGUACGUGUGCGGGCUCACAGCAGCAUACGCCGCAUCGAGCAUGAUUCCCUCCGAUGGAAUUCUUCGGCAAGUACAGGAACGAACCAGUGACACAGUCCUUCCAACCUUGAUGAACACGAUCCUCCAGACGCUCGUGGGAAUCGGGAUCAUGCUGGUGGUGGACUCCCUGCUGGCCUCGCGGGCUUCGAAGCAGGCGGAACUGCAUGUUUAA